CUUUCGAACUCUUUUCUUACUAUGCAUCCCACAAUAAUGAACAACACCUACUUUCAUUUUCUUUCAUUUUUGUUUAUGCAAUGUUUCAUGGUUAGCUUAGCUAUGACUGUGAGGAAUCUGACCACUGAUCAAUUUGCACUACUCCAGUUUAAACACCUUAUCCUUGAUCCUCACAAUGUCUUGGCAGACGAUUGGACGGCCUCUAACUCUGUUUGCACCUGGCUUGGUGUUUCUUGUGGUGUCAAACAUGGAAGGGUCACAUCCUUGACUCUCCCAAAGAUGAAUCUUACAGGAACAAUCCCUCCUCAUCUUGGAAAUCUCUCAUUUCUACUUUCUCUCGAUUUGAGCAGCAACAAUUUCUAUGGCAAUCUACCCAAAGAACUGGGGCAACUGCAUCGUUUGAGGCUCAUUGAUUUAAGCUUCAACGGCCUUAAUGGGAGGAUUCCAUCAUGGCUUGGGAAAUUACAUAGAGUUGAAAAGUUGAGAAUGAAAAAUAAUAGUCUCACAGGCACAAUUCCUCAAACACUUGUUAAUAUGUCCAACCUAGAGAUCUUGCACUUGGGGAACAAUCAACUAUCCGGUCAGAUUCCAUCUUCCAUCUUCAAGAUUUCCUCUUUGAAAGAGAUUCAUCUCCAACAAAAUAGUCUUUCUGGUAGUUUGCCAGAUGAUUUGGGUGUCCAUCUUCCUAAAGUUGAGAUACUUGGCUUGAGUGUAAAUGAAUUAUCCGGUUAUAUUCCAUCAAGUAUAGGCACAUGCAGCAAGCUUCAAAAAUUAGGAUUGUCUAUUAAUCAAUUCAAUGGGUUCAUUCCAAGAAAUAUUGGAAAUUUAACACAACUCAAAGAAGUAUAUUUGGGUUUAAAUAACUUAGAAGGUGAAAUUCCUAAGGAAAUUGGUAAUCUUUUUAGUUUAGAGAUAUUAAGUGCUGUAAGGAUGGGCCUUACUGGUAAGAUUCUAGCUUCCAUCUUCAACAUUUCUUUUCUGACCAGUGUUGCUCUACAAAAUAAUAGUUUAUCAGGUAAAUUGCCUGAUUAG